AUGGCCAAAGCAACCAAAAUGAGUGAGAAUAUCAAUAAAAGACAGAUAGAAGGAAAAGGAAAGAAAAUCUUAGAAUACCAGGCAUUCCUGGAUGACGAUGAUGAGCUGCAGUCCCGAGUAGGUGUUCUUGAGAUGUCGGAACAUGGGCUCCACGCUGUCCGCACCUUGUGCGUACUUGCAGAAACAAGGCUGACCCUGGAUGGGCAUCCCCGCAUCCUUGGAAAUCUUCCGCAGCUGGGCCCUUACCUGCUCCCGAGGGUCCCGCUUCCAUCCCAUAUACCCGUGUGGAGGACAGGCGGCCGGGAGACUGAGGAGUCCAGCGUGAGGGGCCUAGGUGCCUCGCACUUGCACUGCUCGGGCUCCCGGGCCGGGCUCGGCUCCCCCCCGAAGCCCGGCCGCUCUCGCCGUCGCCCCCGCAGCCUCCGUUGCCGCCGCCGCGGAGCCUGCAGCAGCUCCCCCUGCGAGCGCCGAGUAGCUGCCAGUGCGCAGGCGCGACCGAUGGGCCCAGGGGGCGGACGGGAACGAGUCAAGCGGGGCGCUCGACGGCAACAAAGGCCAAUGGAGAGGGGCGGGGGCGCGGGGCCCACGCAGCGGCCCCUGGCGGCCACCCGUGGCCGUGCAGCCUGGCGGGAGGGCUCCGGUGGCGGAACCGCGCAGUGGCGCCGCGUGCAGGGCGCUGAGACCAUAGACGUGCUAGAGACCUUGCCCACUCUGGAAGAUGUCACAGUUUCAACUCAAGUGUAGAAACAGAGCUCUCUAUCUGCAGGACCCAGGAAGCACCUGCCUCCACUUUCUCAUCUGCAGAAUUUUGCUCUUACCAAAUCACUUCAAUGACGUUUUGUGUCAAAACCCAAAGGCUAAUUUUCCAUUAUUUCUCUGCAGCAUUUGACACUAUGCAUCUUUUAUUUUUUAAGACUU